UUGAAACGAAUUGCAUUAUGGGCUGGCACGCCAACAAUACUGGUGGUCCUUACUUGCGCGCGUUUUUCAUUUCUGGAAUGUUGCAAAGAUUAUAUUAAUGACGGCAUAACUAAUAGUCUCUAGAAGGCCGCAUGAAGUUUUAAAUAGACAUACAAUGCCAAAUUUUUGUGCCGCUCCCAACUGUACCAGGAAAAGCACCCAGUCCGAUUUAGCUUUCUUUAGGUUUCCAAGGGAUCCGGAGAGAUGUAGGUUGUGGGUGGAGAACUGUCGGCGUGCAGAUCUGGAGGAGAAAACGCCUGAUCAGCUGAACAAGCACUACCGACUGUGUGCAAAACACUUUGAACCGGCCAUGAUAUGCAAAACUAGCCCUUAUAGGACAGUACUAAGAGACACCGCCAUUCCCACGAUUUUUGAUUUAACCAGCCACCUCGGCAAUCCUCACAGCAGACAUCGCAAACGCAUCAAAGUUCUGACAGAUGAAGAGGUUCGGAAAAUCAAAGAAAGACGAUUGGAGUCUUCAAUUGAACAACUGCUCUCGAAAAAAGACUCUGAUGCUCAAGAUGACAGCGAGACCACUGACGACGUUCCUCAACUGACGCCCGAGCAAAAAGACCUGAGAGAGUUCUUAAGAUCGUCGUUUGAAAUCAUGGUUUUGAUGGGAAGGCAAAACUUUUCUUUCAGUUGCAAUGCAAGAGAUGAUGAGAUUCGCUCUGAGGAGGAGGAGGAGGAACGGCUCUUUACGACAGGUACCUUUCAAUCACUAAUCGAGAGCCGUAUCAAUGCGGGCGAUGAGUUUCUUCGAAGGAGGUUCGAGGCGGCGGCUGUUAAUGAGGACUAUUGCCCGGCUGUUCAGCAGAAGCAGCUGCUGGAGGUCUGCGAGAGAUGCGUCCGUGAAGAGAUCCUUCAACAAGUCCGAGAAUGUCGCUUCUUCUCGAUCGUCACAGGGGAGUUAGUGGACUUCCCAGAGGGAGAACACCUGCCUCUAUUCCUGCGCUUUGUAGACCAAGCCAACACUCUUCGAGAAGAAUUCAUAGAGUUCCUCUCAUUUGAAGGAGAGGAGGUUGCUGUCGCCGAGAGAUUGGAGACUCAGUUGACGAAGGGAUGGGGCCUGAGUAUGGAACACUGCAGAGGACAAGCGCAUGCGGGAUCUGGCAUACUUGGGACCAAGAUGAAGGUCAUCGGUGCCCAGCUCAAGGAGAAAUAUCCCAUGGCGGUGAUCACGCCCACGUCCACCUGUGCACUCAAUGUUCAUCUUGCUAACGGCAUGCCGCUGACCGGAGUGCAAGUCGUGAUGUCAGUUCUGAAAAAGACUAAUGCGUUUUUUAAAACGUCUCCGUUGCUGCAAUCCGAACUCGAUAACGCUAUCUCUAUUCUGUGUCGGGGAGACACGGACAAAGAAAACCUUCUCAAAGAGGGCUCGCGUUCAUCCUGGACCGAUCUUCACAACGUGUUCGAGAUGGCCGUCGAUUUGAUGGAGCCGCUUCUGCUGUGCAUGGACAGCAUACACGACAAUGAGGAUCUGAAGUGGAACGACCAAAUCACCAAUGAUGCUUAUGCUAUUUCCGAGGCCUUGGCGGACUUUGAGUUCAUCGUGACUUUGGUUAUUUUGAAGAACGCCCUGUCUUUCACUAGGGCUUUUGGUAAGAACUUACACGGAGAGACCAUUGAUGUGUUUUUCGCCGCCAACAGCCUAACAGCGGUACUGCAUUCGUUGCACGAGGUAUCGGACAAUCUGGAAGUAUACCACGAAUUCUGGUUUGAAGAGGCUGUCAGUUUGGCGACUGCAAUGGAGAUCCCCGUCAAAGUCCCGAGGUUGUUUCUUCGGAAGCAACAGGCAGUGAAGACCACGGAAAUCCAGGCGGAGUCAUUUUUUAAAGAGUAUCUUACGCUGCCGGUUAUGGAGUACAUCACGCAGGAGGUCAAGGACAUCUUCUCUGAGAAUCAUCUCAAGGCGCUCAAGUGCUUGUCUCUUGUCCCCGCGGUCAUGGGCCAAAUGAGGUUCAAUACUUCCGAGGAGACCCACGCGGACAUGUACAGGGGCGAUCUGCCCCAUCCAGACACAUUGCCGGCCGAACUGCAUUGUUGGAGGAUAAAAUGGAAACACAGAGGCAAGGAAGUGAGCUUGCCAUGCACCAUUCACGAAACCCUUCAGCACUCCGAUGUGAAGUUCUUCCCAAAUGUUAAUGCAUUUUUGAAAAUAUUAGCCGCGUUGCCGGUGCUGAAGCUUGAUGGGAGUCACGGUGAAACUGCCCAGAGACGCUUACAGGCUUACCUCACAGACACUGCGGUUAACCAAAGGUGUAAGAAUCUAGCUGGGCUAAACAUCAAUUACCAUAUAAAGACAGACCUGGAAGAAAUGGUUCAGUGUUAUAUUAAAAGUUACCCAGAAGAAGGUGAGAGUGAUUAACCGGUAAAACAUAUAGACUCUCUAAGUAUCAAGCUGGAAAUGUGAUUUUUGCAUAACAUUUUGUAAGUUCCCUUUGCUUUUCGUCAUGAUGCCAAUUGUUUAUCCCCCCCCCCCCCUGGAGAAAUAUAAGAGAUCCCCCCCCCCCCCGGAGAAAUAAUAACUAUUUUUACAUUUGUGAGGGCCGUCAAUAAGAUUCACCAUGUGAGUAUCGACAUCAAUAUGUGGUCUUGCUUUGUUGUGUUUGCUUGACUGACUAGUGUGAAGCUGGACUGAGAUACAAGACUGACAUACAUUGGAAAUCAACUAUUAAAGACAAGUUUGUGUUUGUAUAAUCUGUUCUUAAGGAUAAAUAAAAUAAAAACACUUUCGAUGCUGUA